AUGAGUCUCGAACAAAUUUGGCAUGAAUAUAAACAUAACCAUGAUGGUGAUCAUUAUACAGAUAAUGCUUCCGUAGUUUUUGUCCCGACAGCCUCUGGUGCACGAGGUUAUGAUGCUGUUAGACAAUUCUUGGCAAAGGCAUACGAUACUCGUGUGCUCAAAAUAAGCGAAAAAUUGAUUUACUCGACAGUUGGAAAUGAUUCCAUCGUUGAAGAAUCGGAAACUACAAUUCAGUUUGUUAGUGGUGAUGGUUCCUGGGUUGUACCUGGUGUUGACAGUAGAUACACAAUUGAUAACAAAGUUGUCAUUCCAAUGGUAACUUCAGCAAAAUUUGAAGGCGAUAGAAUCUCAUCAAUUCGCGUUUAUUGGGAUCAAGCUUCAGUAUUGAAGCAACUUAAAUUGAUAUCUGAGAAAAGCGCUUGGCCAAUAGUAACUGAUAAACAGGCUGAAUCAUUAACUAAUAUUGCAAAUGCACAUCUCAAUCCAUUUGGUAAAACGGUUCUUAGUGCUGGUUUGUCGCAAAUGAACUCCAAUGAACAACAGCAACAACAACCUCGUCAUAAUGUUCAUACUUCUAGUCGUGUUAAUCAACCUGGCGGUACUGGUGGCAAAUCUUCAAUCAUUUUCAGCAACGAGACUGAUGAUCCUGUUGUUAGUCGUACCAGAUUCAAUUCAAACAAGAAUGCAUCACAAUUCUCUAUUGGUGAUGACGACGACACUGCUUCUCAAGCUGAUACAUUAUCUGGACAUUCAACUCGUCAAACUGUUAAACCUUCAAGCCGUGUCUUGAAACCUCCUGGUGGUGGUGGUUCUCAAAUUACCUUUGGUUAA